AUGCCUCCCAAGAAGGCAUCGAAGGGAAAGCGGAAGUCAAAGCAAUUACCGAAAUACCCGGAGUCCACAGGGAAGAACCCAUGUGGAAAUACUGCUAGCGCUCAGAUUGGACUGGCCAUGGAGCGUCCGGUAGCACCAUCCAGACUGGCUAUGCAGCCACCAGCCGCGCCCCCCCCACAACCAAGGCCGGUGCCAUAUGUACGAUCCCUGCAGCAGGGGCUACCAUAUAUGUACGAUACGACGGUUGGUCCAUCGAUGGCAUCGUAUGCACGGUCCCCACAGCAGCGCCCCCCGCAGAUGAACCUUCCUAGCUGGGACAUGAGGGGCGGCCCACCGAUGACGGCCCAUCCUCAGUUCGUGCAGCAGUGGCUCCCACAGAUGUCAGACCUCCCUAGCCGGGACAUGAUGGCAGGCCCAUCGACCAUAACACCUACGCAAUUCCUGCCACGGAUGGCCCCGCAGAUACCUCCCUCUAACCAGCAAUCGAUAGCUGGCCCAUCAACCGUACCACCUACUCGAUUUCAGCAGCAGAUACCCACACAGUCCACUACCCGUGUGCAGACUCCCAUGCUCAAUGUGGAAGGAGUCCACCAGGCUGUCGAGAGCUACAGGUCAGGCCUGAGGAUGCGGCCAGGCCACAGUGACGCAUUGGUACGUGUCCCUUCAGUACGUGCAGUGAGUCGAGCAGCACCAUAUGAAGCCUAUCGCCUCGUCAUGGCAUAUGCGAAGCCAAGACCAGGUGAACUGAUACGGGGCGAGGAAUUUUCAACUGGCGUGAUUCGGGUUGUACCUGGAUCCUCGAGAGCCAUUCGCAAGCCCGUCCACCUGCGCCUCCCUCCUGUAGAACCCGCAGGCACGGGUCACAUAGCCCAACCAGGCUUGGGUUACCCUGCCAUUAGUGGUCAACCUCUCGCAUCCAACAGUACCCAACCACCUCCACCGUCAUCAGUCACCACCUCGCGCAUUGUCGACAGCGCUCGCAAUGUAUUCAAGAGGGAUUUUCUCAACAACUUGAUGGUGGCAAGCAACGAUUUAAAGGACAUGGCGCAGCGCGCAUUCAAUAAGGGAGUGGAGACGCAUUCAUCAUCAUCGACAAUGGACCACAUACUUCAGUCAAUUUCCCAUGUAGAACCAGUGCCCCGGAUGUGCCAAAACCCUGUAGAAUCAUGGCCAGCCAGUCCCCGGCCGGUCUAUGUAGAAUACAUGCUGGCCGGCCUUGUAUAG